AUGAAAUGGUGGCCGAGCCUCUCUCCGAGACAGUGCCCAUAUCGUUACACCUUUCGUGCGGGUCGGAACUUACCCAACAUAGAAUUUCGCUACCUUAGGAAUGUUAUAAUUAUGACCGCCGUUCACCGGGGCUUUGGUCGUCCUCUUCCCUGUCAUUAUGUCACCAACUUCCUUGACCUUCCGACACUGGGCAGGCGUCAACCCCCAUACAUGGUCUUAGGACUUUGCGGAGACCUAUGUUUUUGGUAA